GGUGAGUCGACUGGUUGGCGGCAUCGGCAGGCCAGGGAGCGGUACGGGAGAGUUAGGUGCGACGCGCGGAGCGAGAGAGGAGGGAACAGCGCGGUUUCGGCUUCUCGACAUCGGCUUCGGAAAUGGCCGCGGGAAAGUAGAGAGCGGAGUGUUUCGUCGGCAGGCUGUUCGUCGGUCGGUUCAAGUUUUUCGAGGGCCGCGCGCUCGUUUAUCCGGCUCGUCGAUCGAUUCACGACGAUUCCGGAGACUAGCGCGAAAUGUGAGAGAGAGAGAAAGAGAGAGAAAGAGAGAGAGAGAGAGAGCGACGCGUGUGUGUCACGACGCAACGGCGGAGACGAUAAGGACCGUACGACGACCUGGAUAGAAGACUCGGAAGGAGACAUCUCCCUCGCGUGUUCCGACUCCAGGAUGGCCGGCGACGACGGAACCGUGAUGAACAAUGGGAUCGUUGGCGCGGAGGGCGGAGAGGGGCACGGUGCCUCGGCGCGGGGGGAACUGCAUUCCAGAGUGGGCGGCAUUCUGGAAUGCGAUCCCCCCGGUAACAGGAAUUCGUCGUCGAACGAGCGAGCCGCCGACGACGACGAAGACGGUGUCUGCCGAUAUGCGGUCGGUACUACUAACCGCGCUAUGUCUUUCUUCGAAAUUUGCCAGAUUCGGCUGCAAUAUCUCUUCCCGCAAUUGGCCCCACCCCUACGAUACGAUAUCCACGAGGAUUCCAUCGAGUCGACCGCGGAGAGCCUGGCUAACGAUGUGAUGCGGUACUUGUUGAAGGAGGAUAUCUAUCUUAUAUCUCGGGACCCGAUAUCGCGCAGUAUGAGGCACAACGUUUAUCAGAUGCUCAACAAGCACAGCAUCCUCUUUGCAAGUAUGGUGAACCGUUUGAACGUUGUACCGGACACCGCAUACGAGGCAUUUAUGGGAGUCGCCAACGAACUCUUCCUGCAUGGCGUCAUCACAUGGGCCAAGAUUGUUUGUCUGUACGCUUUCAUGGGCAGAUUAGCCUUAUGGGCCCGAGAUAAGAGAAUGCACACUCUUAAGAAGAAGCUACCACUGUACGUUUCGAGAUACGUCGGCGAGAACAUGGCGCAUUUCAUCAAAGGCUACGGUGGGUGGGAGCAGUUGUGCAUAGAGUAUCCAGUGGCGGAUGAGGUCAGUGGGGCGAUUUGGAGAAGUCUGUUGAUGACUGGAGCCACCCUCGGUUUAAUCGCCACGAUCUUGUCGGUAACUUCCUGAUGGGAUCUCGCGAGAUCGUGCGGCCUGAGUGCGUCUCGUCCAAGAAAUCUUCGCGUACUUACGUUCUACGGGAACACGCUCGAGAGGAAUAUGAGGAGAUUCGUAUAACGUACUAUUACAACAUUUCAACGUGGACAUCGGAACGAUCCAAAUGGUGUACUCGCCACUGUCUAUCGGGCAAUAUACGAGAUUAACAAAAGAUACUUCAACGCGUUGACACACAUAAUUUUCAUAUCAAUGUCACUCGGCUUAGAAUCGUCCCACAUUUUAUAUAACUCCAGCCAAUACAUACAUAGUAUGAGCGACAGACAAUGACGCUAGUUUCCUAUUACAAUACCUUAUAAAAAAAGAAAAAAAAAAGAACUAGUGAAAUUAGUAGGCAGAAUAUCUUAUUUAAUUUUACAUAAUAGAUAUUUUAUAUUGAAGUAAUUUUUAACAAUAAUACUCAAAAUUGUCGCUUUAGAGCUCUAUAUGAAACGGAGAAUCUCGAAAUUCUAUUGAAUUUAGGUAGACGUAAUCUAUUUAUUUAUAAUUUAUAUGUAUAUUAUAUGUAUGUUAGAUAGGAGAUAUAUUACAUUAAAUAAUAAAUUUUCUUUCAAACACGUUUGGGGUCAGAACUGAUCGCACAGAUUCUUAAACUUUAAGAGAUAUAUGUAAUACCGAUAACGAAUGAUUAUGAAAUGUACCGUGAUAGGCUACUUUCUUAUACGUUGGUAUAUCCCAACUGCACUUGCAAAAAUUUUUAUACACAUAUUCAGAAUAAAUACUUUUGCAAAAUAACGAACUAUUCGUAUAAUCAUUAUCGAAACGAGGAAAAAUGAGAUUGUAAGAAGAUAAUCUGCUGAAUAGUAGAGUUUAUCGAUCUAAAUUUAGUAAUUUUUUCACAUGCAAAACACUAUCAAAUACUACUAUCAAUGGAAAUUCACAGGGUAGAGCGUAUGUUACUAUUGUGAAAAUUUGAGCAUAAUUUUAUGAGAAACGUUCACACUUACUGCAAAUAAACGUUCGUAAAGUAAUACGGAGGCUUGUAUUGAUACAUAAUGUAAGUUUGUUUCCUGGAAAGACUUGGAGAAAUACGACCUUGAGUCAAUAUAGAGGAGCAUUUUUAAUAUGUCAUUAUAAAUUAUAAGCGAUAAAUCUUAAGAUACUGUUGCAUUACGUCAGAGAGGAUCAGUCUUAACCACUACGAAAUACUGUAAACGACGUACUUCUAAUGUAUAUACGUUCGCAAAAUAAUCAAAAAUAAUAACUUCACAUAAGAUAAAUAUUAUUCCCCCACUGCAAUAAACAUAAUCCUCUUAACCAUAUCUAUGUAAUCUAAAGUAUCAAUUAACUAAGAAUAAAAAGAACAUUGAUAUUCGA